AUUCCGACGUUCGUUGGCAGAGGGCGUUUCGAUUGGUGUCGCAACACACGUCGGGAAAGAUGAGUUCGGCGGGAGUUAGCUUGGAUCAGUUGUUUCAUCUGCACAGGUUUCAGAAAACAAUAGAUUAUUUUCCUCUAUUUUUCUACUUUCCUUUUGGUAUUUCGUUGGCUGUGGUGAGAUUUUUUAUUGGAUGUCACGCAUUCUUGGCGGCAUGCAUUUUACCAAAGUCGUCAGCAUUUAGAAGGUUCGUUCUAAGAUCAAUCAGUUUCGUUCUGGGAAUUGUUGUUAGACAAGAGAAUUGUCAUUAUAGAGCAAAACAAGUUAAAGUUAUUAUUUCAAAUCAUAUCACAACUCUUGAUCAUUUAGCAGUAGACUUAGUUUUAUCUUCUAUCCUGCCAAGUGUUUGGGAUUUGCCUAAUCUGUUGAAUUGGUUAUUAGGAUUCAAAGAUCUUGGAGUAAAAAAAGGUAGAGAUGUUCUACUUCAGAAUGUCAAGAAACAUACAAAAGAGUCUGACAAGCUGCCAAGCAAUUGCCUUUCUGAUCAGUGGGUGGUCAACAAGUGCGGAACAAACUUUGCAGAAACUUUUCUCUUGACAAGUUCUUGUGACAAAAUUCACGGAAUUGAACUCCAUGAAGUCCCAGACAAAUUAAAGAUUCGAACAUUGGAUGGAUGUCCAGAGCUGGGUUUCAAGAGACAUUUUUCCUCUUUGAAAGCAGGAAAACCACUCAUAAACCCUUGGUUUACUCACGGCAUCUUGUUUGUAAGCAUGUUGAAUCAUUUCAACCACUUCCAAUCCACCUUUCCCUUGACAGGAAAAGAAAUUUCACAGCAGCGCAUUGCUCUUUAA